AUCUGUUAUGCGGGUGAUAUAGCUAAAGAUAAAUAAAUAAUCAAAAUUACUUAAAAUCGUGGUUUAAUUAAGGAUAAAGCUUAUUGAGAGUGCUAAAGAUAGUUUUAAUUAUCCAAAAAGUUAAAAGUCUUUAGAUGGAAAUCAAGAAUAGACAACACAAUAUACAGAAAAUCCUUUUAAGAGCUUGGCGUGAACGAUGGCCAGAGUAUCAAUUUGGCAUUAAAAUAAAGCAGGCUUUACCAUUACGACUUCCUGCUGAUGCAUAUAAUUUAACAGACGUUUUAUUAGACCAUUGCUUCAUAGGAUUUGCCGCUAAUCGACUUUUACUUUCAUACCUUAAGCAUUCUUUGCAUUCUCAUCUUGUAAGCUAUCCAGCGGUGAUCAAAAGAAUCACAAAGUAUUCCAAUUUUGAUAGAUAUUAUUGUCUAAUUGCUCUUGUUGACUUCCUUAAUUCCAUCGAAAAUGGAAUCUGCUGUCGAACAAAGCCUGAAGAAUCGUCACUUAUGAAUGCAGUCUUAUCGCUCGUUCAUUGGCUGAUUGAGCUUUGUGAGAAACUUUUUGUAAAAUCACUAGAACAGAACAGUAUACUGUCGUCUGAACAAAAGACAUGCUUAGAAAAAGUCACAGUCUUAUGUCAUCAAAUUGUACAGAAUCAAUAUCUUAUGGGUGUCAUUUACUUGGCAAAGCUCGAAGAUCGUGAAUUGUAUGAGAAAUGUGUACUGAGCUACACAAAAGUUCAUGGACUGAGCAAAGAGGAAGUCGUUAAAGAUUUCUAUCAGAUGAUAUUUAAUAAACUCGGUCAUAUACCGAUGAAGGAACUGGAACCUCGAGCAACUGAGCCAAUUAGCUAUUGUCUACAGCCAUUUAUGUCUAUUGAGGUUUUAAUCAAUGCUGGUGCUGAAAUUAAUGUUCAUGUGGCAAAGCUACUCAUGAUUCAGAGGAUUAAAAAGUAUUCAAUGUCUCGAUUGUAUGCUGAAAUUAUUAGAUCUUGUUUCAUAACUUUAUGUCAUGUAAAGGAUGUAAAUUAUAGAGUAUGGGGUGCAUUUACUCUAUACAAAAUACCUCAAAUCUUGAAACAGCUUCAUAUGCAGAACAAACCUAUUGAGGAGAGUGAAUAUUCAGAGGAUGUCGUGAAGGCUUUUGAAAUGCUCAUGGAAUGUACACCAAUACUAGAUCUUUUGGAUACAACUUUUGCUUGUAAUUCAAUUGAAUGUUUAUUAAUAGAACUGAAGAAAGAGAAGCUUGUGAAUGAUGAAGUAAUUAAGAAAUUAGCGGAUAGACGACAACAUGCAAUAUCAAAAUUGGAAAAAUUCAAUAUUCCAUCGACUUUGCCUUCAAUUGACAAGUAUGUCUUGUCUAUUGAUCCUCCACUAACGGGACUUAUACAGAGUUUAAGAGAACCAAUCAAGCCUGAAUUUCACAAUCUUUUGUGUACGUUAGUCAUUGACAAUCGAGCAUUUUUGCUAUAUUCAGUCGCUGCCGUUAAAGGAAUAUCUCAUAAAAUGAUUAGUGGAUUAAUGAAAUGCAAUGAGCUGUUUAAGGAAAUUUCUGGUGAAGCUGCAAAGUCUAAACAACUGAUUGUUUUUCGGUCAAAUGUUUUUGAUACAUCCUUUAUCAUGCUGUUCUCAAUAAUGCAAAAAUGUGGAAUUGAUAAAUUUCCAGACAUUGCUGGCGAUUAUUUCUUUGCAAAGUGGAUACGUGAUGGCAUGAUUGAUCCAUCAAAGCCUAAAUCACCUUUAAGCGUCGUCAAAAUGUGUGAUCCAUUAAAAGUUGAUGAACUGAUUUCAUACUUUGGUGACCCGAAUUUCCAGCAACAACAGCCCCCGAUAUCAUUAAAAUUAAGUGAAAUUUGUUGGAAUAUUCCAUCUAUGCUUUACAAUGUCUUGAUCGCAUGGGAAAAUGAUACAAUAAAGCCACAAACUGUUAAAAAUAUUCUAGAUAAUAUGAGAUCAAAGAUGUGUUGUUUCUCAAUAGUUGCUGCAUGCUGGCUUUGUGAAUAUAUAAAGAUUUUAAGAGAUGAUGAAUUAGCAAAGCCAAAAGUUAUGGUACAGACGUUAAUGAAGCACUUGGAUGAUACAAAAAUGAAGCAGGAAACAUUUAGUGAGCGAUUUUCAUUGACACAGGAAAUAAUCGUUAAAAUCUUUGAUAAUCGAUCAUUAAUGGACUCUAAAAAGCCAAUGAGUAAUCUCUUUAAUGAACAAUGGAAGGAGAUUAUAACAAGAAAAUGGCUUCCUUACGAUGUUGCUAUUAAUUUAGAAGAGAUUCUUAAAAUUUGCGGACCAUUUUGGUUGAUGAAGAAUCUUGUCGAUCAAAUCAUGCAUGCCAAAUUUAUUAAGGAUAUGGAAUACAUUAUGGAUAUUACUUUUGCAGUUAUGCAUUUGAAUAUUGAUGGAUGUACUGAAACACUUCUCAAAGACAUACUUAUCUCAUUACUUUUCAACAAGAAUCAAAUGUUAAAGAUGACAGAACCUCAAUUAAAAAUAUUAGCAAAACUGUGUGUCUACUCAAUUCUCGCUUCUAUGGAAUCUGCUGAUUUAAAUCCAUCCAAGAAACGUCCACGAUCUGAUGACGACGAAUUAAGUCCUAUGGCAAAAAUGAGAAAGACUGGAUUGGAUACGUCUGUUGAAGGAAAUCAAACAGAGAAGGAUUCAGCAUCUCAUCCAAUUAAGGAAUCAUUGAAAACGUCUCUGCAAGAGCUUUUUAAAGUUUUUCAUCAACAAGUUGUUUGCGAUGAAUUAUCCCCAAAAGUCAUUUUCAUCUUUCAGUUUUUCUCGUUGUUGGUUCAAUUUGAGAAAAGUGUGAAAAUUAAGGCUAUCCUCAAAUUGAUUCCUAACAACUUGCUGAUGAAUUUACUUAAAUUAGUUCCAUUUGAGGAUCUUUCGUACGGAUUCAUUUUGAGAUUAUAUGAUCUCUCGGUGUCUACAGGAAGAACUUCAGCGAUAGGGGAUUUGUGUCUGUUGAAGAACAUCCAACUACGCAAGGAUAGCAGUAAACUCUAAAUGCUGAAUCAUUUUUUU